AUGGAAUCUAACUUUCAUGUUCGUAUCAACCAAAUUGAUCACUGUAUGGUACCUCCUGGGCCUCUGGACUACUCACCAUUCCCCAAAACACCUGUGCCAGUACUCCGCGUCUAUGGCCCUACAUCGUCGGGGCAGAAGGCCUGUAUCUACAUCCACCAAGUUUAUCCGUACUUCUAUGUUGAGUACAAGGGAAGCAUGGACGUGCCAUAUCUACUCAAAUACACUCGGAAGCUGCAGCGUUCGUUGAACCACGCAAUUGCUCUUUCCAUGAAGCGGGACCCUCACUCACCCAAAUCUAUCUUCAUUCGAGCCGUCGUCGUCGUCAAAGGCGUGCCGUUCUAUGGCUUUCACGCGUCGUAUGCACCAUUCCUAAAGAUCUACAUGUUCGACCCUAAACUCUUGUACCGGGGGGUGGCAAUAUUACGAUCUGGAACUUUUAUGUGCGACUUUGGCCUCUAUGGGUGUGGUUGGAUUGACAUGGGGGAAGUCUGGCAGCGAGGGCUGGACAACGAGUAUGUUGACCCGGACAAGAAGACGACUCUACGCGUGUCCCCAUAUCAUAAACAGGCGAAGAUGGAUCUCGAAUUCGAUGUUGUCGCUCAUCAAAUCCUCAACAGAAACCGGCUUACAACGCGCGACAUUCAUCAUCAGCUCCAGAUUCCUGCUGCACCAAUGCCGACUGAACCGUUGAUUCUCAGCGUGCGUGAACUAUGGGAAGACGAGCGAAGGCGCAGGCUUGCGAGAGGCUUGUCUGCUUCCCCGGAUAUGCCUGUGGAUCUGAGCGAGAACCGUAGGGGGGACGGUGGCGAUUGGACGGCGGAGGCGCGAUGGUGGCGCGAACUGAGAGCAAGAAUCGAAGCAGAACCCACUGAACACCUGGAACCAAGCAACUCCUGGGAUAAGAGGGUCAUGACAACAUCGCAAAGCAUUGAAGCGCUAUGGGAGCCUACGUUCAGAGUGUGGAAACCUCAACAAGCAGAAAGCUCCACCGCGCCGGUUGACUCAACCUCAGGCUCAUCUGUCUCCAGGGCUUCGGUUCAACCCAGCGGGGAGGAUGAAGAAGUAGAUGUCGACGAGAGUUUCCUCUCGAGUCAAGCCAUCGAAGAUGCUGAUGAUCCUGAGCCGUACAUCAAUGAAAUGGAGAGCUUUAUCGAAAAUGACCAGGCCCAGUCCCUUGAAGAUGGUCCAGAUGAGGGCAUAUACGACAAGGAUUUCGAAGAGGACCUUGUCGUGGAACAAGAAGAAGAGAAUCCUUUCCUUGACAAUAACGAAGGUCCAGCCGCUCUGGAGGCGGAUGGCGAGGGUGGCGCAGGAGACGCCGCCGGGGCCAACGAUUUUAUCGCAAGAUUGCAGCAUAGCGUGGAAGACAAUACCUUGGGCGAAACGUUUAGCGGUAACCAUCCAUUAUUACCUGCCCCGACCGAGUCACCAAUAAUCGAAGCACCGGCGAAGCUUUCUCCAACGGAGAAUGCAGAAUGCCUUAUGGAGCCGUCUCACCCAAAGUCAGAACAGCCCGAGCGCCCCGCCAAGCGGCGAAAAGUUGAAAUGCCUAAUGGCGAAAUUCAAAGCCAACCCAGGACACAAACGCGCUUGCGAAGGAGUGAAUAUUUCACACAGACAAAGCACACUCUAACACAGUCAGAUCACAUUAAGUCAUCGUCCUACAGCGUUCCCGAUAAGUGUUAUGCAUAUGCACAUCUGCCGCCAACAAAGGACCAUCUACUUCAGACAUUGGACGAGUACAACGUUCCCAGUAGGAUUUAUCGCAAUCCGCAUUAUUCCCAUUCCGAGGAUGCUCCUGCGAGACCUAGGGAAUAUGCAGGCUUGGUUUACCGUCUCAAAGGUGGCGAUGGCUUGGACACAUUGUCCGAUUGGCAGACUUCGACGAACACAAUACAUGAAGUCGAUAUUGCUCCAGGGAAGACCUUCGAUCCUUCUGGAAUCGGAGGCUGGGAAUACGCCGGGUUUCCGCCCAAGAGGAAGGUGGCUCAGCGGUGGCUGCUUGAAAACCCAAUUCUUCCUCCCCCGAAUCCAGUUGUUUCACGCUCGCAGAUUGGAGGCCCUACCCAGGUUAAUACGUACGGGCUGAAGUCUUCUUUAGGAAAAGUAGAUUCCAACUCCUCCCAAAAGAAUGAGACGAUGUCAAUUCUAUCCUUCGAAGUCUACGCGCUGUCUGAUGGCGGCCGACAACCCAUCCCACAGGAGGACGAGAUUGCCCUGGUGUUCUUCGCAUUCCAGGGCGACCACGGGAUAGACGAUGUUUUAGAAGUUAAGCAUGGCAUCGUUGCCGUCGACAGCGAACACCUUGAACCGAAACGAUUACGGGGUCAUCAAUUCGAAACAAUACCAAGCGAACUAGAACUACUGCACAGAAUUGUUGACAUCGUCAUCGACCUCGAUCCCGAUAUACUUUGUGGAUGGGAAGUACAACUGUCUUCUUGGGGCUAUUUGCAAGCAAGAGGGGCUGUAUACGGUCUGGACAUUGAUGAGCUCAUCUCUCGUGCCCCUGCUAGGCGCAGAGGUGGAGUAGAUCAGUGGGGUGCAAGACACGCAUCGACAUUCAAAGUGGCGGGAAGACACGUCCUCAAUGUCUGGAGAAUAAUGCGAGGCGAACUCUCACUCAACAUGUAUAGUUUUGAGAAUGUCGUGUUCAAUGUCCUUCGGCGGCGGGUCCCGCAGUACUCACGCACGACACUUACGUCCUGGUUCAACUCACCUUCGGCAGCACGCGUGAGCAGACUGCUAGAUUACUUCGUCGGGAGGACGUCCAUGGUGCUAGAAAUACUCGAGGCAUCGCAGAUUGUCACUAAGACGUCCGAAUUUGCUCGAGUCUUUGGUGUCGAUUUCUUCUCCGUCAUCACUCGAGGGUCCCAAUUCAAAGUUGAAUCUUUCAUGUUUCGCCUAGGGAAGCCAGAAAACUUCGUUUUUCUCUCCCCUAGUAAGAUUGAUGUCGGAAAACAAAACGCAGCUGAAUGUAUGCCCCUAAUCAUGGAGCCCUUGUCCGCUUUCUAUAGCAGUCCCCUCCUGGUCCUCGACUUUCAAAGUUUGUAUCCCUCAAUCAUGAUCGCCUACAAUUACUGCUAUUCGACAUGCCUCGGUAGAGUAGCCGAGUUCCAAGGGACCAACAAAUUCGGCGUUACAGAGCUGAACCUACCACCUGGAUUGUUGAACACUCUCAAAGAUCACACCAGAAUCGCUCCGAAUGGUAUAAUGUAUGUGAAGCAAGAAGUGAGGCAAGGGUUGCUGGGUCGCAUGUUGAAAGAACUCCUCGACACCAGGGUAAUGGUGAAGCAAGCCAUGAAAACCAACAAAGAUAAUAAGACUCUCAGCAGGAUACUAAAUGCUCGACAGCUGGGUCUGAAGUACAUAGCCAAUGUAACAUACGGUUAUACUAGCGCCACUUUCUCUGGUCGGAUGCCUGCAGUGGAAAUCGCGGACAGCAUUGUCCAGAGCGGCAGAGAAACCCUCGAAAAGGCCAUCCGCUUAAUUGAUUUAACCCCAAAAUGGGGUGCUCAGGCAAGUGGUCGCUCUUUCCAACGGAUAGUGUCCGUGAAUCCUCUAUACCAGGUCGUUUAUGGCGACACAGACAGCUUGUUCAUCUACCUUAAAGGCAGAACCAAAGAACAAGCUUUCAGAAUCGGGAAUGAUAUAGCCGACGCAAUCACUGCUAGAAACCCAGCCCCCAUCAAAUUGAAGUUCGAAAAGGUUUACCUCCCCUGCGUCUUGAUGGCCAAGAAGAGAUACGUCGGCUUCAAGUACGAGCACCCCGACGAUACGGAACCCAUCUUUGACGCCAAAGGAAUUGAAACAGUUCGCAGGGACGGCGUACCUGCUCAGCAGAAGAUGACGGAGGUGUGCCUCAAGAAACUUUUCAGGUCCCAAGACCUCAGUGAUAUCAAGGAAUAUUGCUGUAGAUCAUGGACAAGCAUCCUCGACCACAAAGUGCCCAUCCAUGAAUUCAUAUUCGCCAAGGAAGUUAGAAUGGGAACAUACAGCGAUGUAUUGCCACCGCCGCCAGGCGUAGCAGUCGCAGCUCGACGAGUAUUGAUCGAUCCAAAUGACGAACCGCAAUAUGGCGAUCGGAUACCAUAUGUCAUAGCUCGUGGUCCUCCAGGAUCCCGCCUGGUUGAAAGAGCGUUCACUCCGCAGGAAGUACUGACGGCGGGGAAACAGCUCGAUGCCGAGUACUAUAUAACUAGGGUAUUGAUUCCUCCAUUGGAGCGAAUCUUCAAUCUCGUUGGAGCCGAUGUCCGAAGAUGGUACGAUGAGAUGCCCAAGCCGCUAAGGAUUAGCCAAACGGAUAUCUUCUCUCCCAGCAAACGUGAUCGGUUCGCCGUUAUGGAUCGCCAUUUUCCAAACUCCCAAUGUCUCACAUGCGGGGAAUUCGCAUGGACUGCCGUCUGCGAUGACUGUAGGGCGCAUCCUCAGACCACGAUGGCAAGCAUCCUAGAUCUUGUCAGGAAAGGGGAGAAGCGUCUCACCAACGUCCAUGAAGUUUGUGCGUCGUGCGCCGGUACAUCACCAUUGGAGCAGGUUGAGUGCGAAUCUCUGGACUGCCCUUGGCUAUACGAGAGGAAGAAAGGCGACAACAAUGAAGAGUAUCUCGAAGCCUUGAGGAUGCUCUUGGCAGAAAUUGGCCUUCCGAAGGGUUCGGCGGACAGCAUUGUUGAAUUAGACUCUGAUGGAACACAGACAGAGGUCGAAAGAGACGGUACGGAGUCGAUGACUGAGUAA